GUUUUGUCCACGAUGUAAGGCAAAGGCCAGGCCUCCACCGGAGAAAGUAAAUUACUGUGGCAUAUGUGGAGGACACCUCAAGGAUGAAAAACCGUCAACAGCGCCACGGCGGCAGCGUAUGCCAGCACCACACCAGCAUGGUGCUUCAAAUUGGCCACCAAUAAAUUGGCCACAAAUGAAUUGGCCACAAAUGAAUUGGCCACAACAACCACAACCCUGGUUCGAUGCGUUGACCAAUCUGCAGCAACAACAAAUCAGGCUCCAAAAACAACUGCAGCAACAACAGCGGCUGCAGCAACAACAACAGCGAAUGCAACAACAACAGCUGCGGCAGCAACAACAGCAACUGCAGCAACAACAGGAAGCAGAAGAGCAGAAGGAAAAUCCACAAGAGGAGCAAUAAAAACGAUAUAAAAUAAAAAACGAUAUAAAAUAAAAAACGAUAUAAAAUAAAAAACGAUAUAAAAUAAAA